AUGCUCUAUCCGAUGGAAAGGAGCACGCUGAUGGCCGUUACGACAGCAGUCAGUACAGGUGAGCGGUCUGCCCAUACAGUCCAGGCAUCGCCACCGUCCCUCGCCAACCUUGCAUUCCGCACAGUUUCUGGGCUCAGGCGGGGCUUCCAUCUCGACAAUGGCAUGAAGAUAGUCAUCACGGUGGGGUAUCCAGUCCCUCAUGAAGUCAUUCUGGGUCUAUCGCGCAUGGUCAGACCGUCAGAUGGUCAUGGCGGGAGUGCCCACCUUUGUCUUCUGAGCUGCCGGAUCCAGCUGAAUCGGCACACCUAUGUGCCCAGGACGUCGCCAUCAUCCAAGUUAAACAAGGAGCCUGAAGCUGGAGCCUUCGAUGGACUUUUGGAAGGCGAUGGCAUGUUUGAACCCGUGGGCAUGGGCAAAGGUACGUCCACAUAG